GAUAAAAUCUUCCAUGCAUAUGUCAAAAAUAAUGAAAAUAAAUAUGAUUUCUGCAUACAAAUAUUGAAAAUUUAUUAAUUGAUUAUUAUAUUAUAACAAAAGUUGCAAAAAUGCGAUGCGUUCAUAUAAAUAUCCGUCAAGCCACAUUUAUUUUACUUACUUUUCUAGCCAACAAUAUACAAACAGCGGACAAUACUAUAAAUACAUUCGUUGACGAGAAGAAAAGUAUAAAUAUACAGGAUGAAAAUAAACCAGUUAACCUGCAAAGUGACACAGUCUUCAAAUGCCCUUUAAACAUAGAAUGUAAGGAACUCCCUGCACAAUGUCUGGACUGUGAAUUAUCAGAUUCCUGCAUAUAUGGCAAGGAAAGGAUUUCCAAAUGUCGCAAUAAGGCCCAAGUCAAAUGUCACGGGUCCAAAGAAUUUGAUAAAAAGUACAUCUGUAGAUAUUGUUACCAAACAGAACCUUGGGAGCACAGCUGUGAACAAAAAGCUACUUGUCAAUCAGUUUCAUCACCUAGAGACGUUUAUGUCACUAAUUGUACUGUGAAUGGGGACAUUUUAUGUUUAGGUCGCCGAACGUUCAACAAGAAAAUCAAGUGUAACUGGACUGGCGGAUAUAAAUGGUCCACGGCUUUAGCUUUGAGUAUUACUUUAGGGGGUUUUGGAGCAGAUAGGUUCUAUUUGGGACAUUGGCAGGAAGGAAUAGGCAAACUAUUUAGUUUUGGUGGCUUAGGGGUGUGGACAAUCAUAGAUGUCAUUUUAAUUUCUUUGCAUUAUCUAGGGCCUGCUGAUGGUUCUUUGUAUCUAUGAUUGUUCAAGAACCCUUAAUUAAAAUGUAAUGAUUUCUGUAAAGUCUGAUUAGGUUAUAAGAUAAAAACACAUAAUAUUGUAAAUAAAUAAUUCUUUAAUUUAUUAUAUAAAUAUUAUAAUGUACAUUUUGAAUAUCAGAAUAAACUGUUAAAAGCUUAUUACAAAA